AUGGUCUCCUGGAGACAACCAUUCAGUGGCCGCGGUGACGCGGCUGUUGCGACCGCUAGCAACGAUGGAGAAUUCUCUGACGGAAGCUUGAAAUAUGUAGGAGAGACAGGUGGCAACAGCAACGCUGUUACGUAUCAGGAAGCCACUGGAGCGCCUGUCGAGCAUGAGUCGCCUUUGGGCUACGAUGUUGGGCCAUUCACUAUCGUCUUGAUCAAUGUCACUAUGAUGAUUGGUACUGGCAUCUACUCUACACCCUCUGCAAUCUUACACGGCACCGGUUCGGUUGGCCUCAUGUUCAUCUAUUGGACUUUGGGUUAUUUGCUUUGCAUUGCAUCAGGUGCAGUCUACCUGGAAUUUACCGCAUACUUUCCUAGUCGAUCGGGCUCCGAGGUUGUCUUCCUCGAACAAGCGUUCCCACGACCUACCUGGUUUUUCCCAACCACCUUUGCUGUGCAGAGCGUCCUCUUGUCAUUCGGCAGUAGCAAUGCUGUUGUCCUGGCAACCUACCUCUUUCGGUGCUCCACCAAAGAACCUAGUAACUGGGAGAUCAAAGGUGUAGCCCUCGCUGGAUACACCGUGGCAUGCUUGUGUCUGGUGUUCAACACCAAAUACGCCUACUGGUUCCAGAAUGCGAUCGGUGUUGUCAAGAUUCUCACACUCAUAUUUAUCAUUAUUACCGGAUUCGUUGUUCUAGGUGGGCAUACCGACGUCGAAGACCCCAAGGCCAAUUUCCGAAACGCAUUCGAAGGCACAGGCUCAGCUAGUGCAUACGGUCUCACCAAUGCACUAUAUCGAAUCAUUUUCUCUUAUGGUGGAUACAAUAACGCUUUCAACCUCGCUAACGAAGUCAAGAACCCUGUCCAGUCCCUCAAGAAAUAUGCUUUUGCUGCAUUGACGACGGUAUAUGUUCUUUAUAUGUUCGCCAAUGUCGCUUGGCUUUCAGCAGUGCCAAAGGAAGAGCUCGAAAGUUCCGGUCUGACAGCAGCAAGCUUGUUCUUCGGUAAUGUGCUCGGAAAUAGUGGAGCAGUGCGAGGUCUCAACUUCCUUAUUGCUUUGAGUGCCUUUGGAAACAUCAUGGCCGUCAUUGUUGGAUUGUCCCGACGACUUCGAGAAUGUGGAAGACAAGGUGUCCUUCCGUGGACUCCCUUUUGGGUUUCUACCAAGCCAUUUGGAACACCCCUCGGACCUUAUUUCACGACUUGGGCUAUCACUGCCCUUAUGAUUCUUGCCAUCCCAUCUGGCGAUGCCUUCAACUUCGUGAGCGACCUCGGUGUCUACCCGGGUGCGGCUUUCAAUCUUGCCAUGGCCGUGGGACUCUACGUUGUGCGCUGGCGCCGUAAGCGUGCAAACCUACCUGCCCCCGAGUUCAAGGCUUGGCAUAUUCUUGUCAUUUUCAAUAUUCUCGUUCAGUUGUUUGUGAUCGUUAUGCCUUGGUAUCCUCCCGAGGGUGGAAUGUACGCCGGCGAUGUCAGUUUCUGGUACGCCACAUACGUCGUGACAGGUAUCGGAAUCCUCAUUGCAUGUGCUUUGUACUACUAUUUCUGGGCAUUCCUGCUGCCAAAAUGGAAGGGCUAUAAGCUGCGAUCAGAAGCCGUCAUUCUGGAUAAUGGUGUCCAAAGUCAUGAAAUCAGAAAAGUUCCUAUUGGUGAGCUGGACGAGUGGGAAGCGACGCAUGAUGUUGCCGGUCGUCUUCGUCAAUCCACGGUACUACAGUCUGAAGGUCCUGAGAAAGUGUCUCCUCGAUCCAGUGAUUCUGAGACCAAGGUCUGA